AUGAGUUCUUCAGUUAUUAAUGAUAGUACUAGCAGUAUUAAUAAAUUAUUAUAUGAUCAUUCUUUAGAAACUUAUACAAUCCAUUCUACUGAUGAUGUGAUAAUAAAUAAUCAACGAGUUAGUAAGCCAGACACUUGGAUAAACAAUGAAUGGGAGAAAUCAUCAGUGUUAUCAAAUACUUUUGGUGAUCUUAAUAAACAUCAUAAAUUAUAUUCAGAAAAGAAAGAUGUUGUUAACCAUGAAAAUGACGAAGACGUAGACGAUGAAGAAGAAGAAGAAGAAGAAGAUGAUGAUGAUGAUGAUGAUGAUGAUGAGGAGGAGGAGGAGGAGGAAGAUGGUGGGGAAGAAGAUAGAGAUGUGGAGAAAGAUCAACAACAGCCAUUUAUUAUAAAUAAUUCUAAAGUAUCCAGCUUUUCAAUGAACGCUAAUAACUCACGAAUUCCAACUUCCUUAAGUAAUAAUGACCCUAAUAAUAAAAUUCAUAUUCCUGAUCACUUGUUUAUCGGAUCUACAAAUAACAAACGUCAUUAUGGGUUGUUUAGUAAAGAAACUAAUAACAUUAACUCUAGUUCAUUAUCAAUGUCAUUAUCAUCACCAUCAUCAUUAAUUCUACCUAUGAUGAAUUGUUGUAAACAAGAAGAAAAAAGUGCCGUAUGUGAAUCAGAAGAGAAAAAUGAAGAGGAGAUACAAAAAUCAAUAAACACAACAAAUAUACCGUCAUCCCUUUUUCAGUCUACUGUUGAUUCAUCAUGGAAUAAAUCACUGACAAAUUUUGGAUCUUGGUUAGGUGAACAAAUAUCUCCUUCACUUUAUCAACAAUAUCAUAAUGACAAUAAAUCUAUUGAACAAUUAUUCACAAAUUUUAAAUGUACACCAGAGUCACAAUUACACAAUGAUCAUGAUUCAAUAAGAAUUUCAUCUGAAAUACCAUUGAAUUCAUUCCGUCAAUUGACUAGUGAUUUGUUACCUAACUCAAUUGAACUAGAAAGUAAACAACAUCCAUUUAUUUCUAGUAUACAUUAUCAAAAUAAUCAUUCUAAUAUUAGUGAUGAUAAUCUUAUGAAUAUUUACUGUAUGAACAAUUUAUAUUCUUCAACAUAUACAGAUUUUAUGUCAACACACAAUAAUAAUAAUAAUAAUAAUAAUAAUAAUAAUGGUAAUCAUAAUAAUAAAGAUCAAACCAACUAUUCAGAUACAUUUCAAAUCUUCAAUUCAUUCGAUUCUUCAUUAACUAAUAGAAAUGUUAAGAAUUUUGAUUUGGUCAAUGAUGUUUUUACUAGGAAUUUAAUUGAUACAACAACAACAACAAAUAAUAAUAAUAAAAUGGAUCUAUUAUUUACAACAAAUUCCAUAUCACAUUGUUCAUUAUCAAAUGCAAUAACAAUGACUAUAGGAAAUACAAUACCAUCAAUAAUGUCAACAACUAAAACAACAAAUUCUAUUAAACAAGAUAUUCCUGAUUUGACAGCUGCAGCAGCGGCUGCUGUCGCUUUUCAUGGUUUAGAUCCAGCUACAACUGUUCAAAUGUUAAGAAUGUCUUCAUUAGCUAAUAAAUUAAGAAAUAAAACAAAAAUUUUAACAGAUGGUCGAGAAUGUGUUAACUGUGGAGCUACUCAAACACCAUUAUGGCGUAGAGAUGAAGCUGGACAUUAUUUAUGCAAUGCAUGUGGAUUAUAUCAUAAAAUGAAUGGAACGAACCGACCGCUGAUAAAACCAAAACGUCGUAUGUCCGCAAACCGUAAACUUGGUACAUUCUGUGCUAAUUGUCGAACAUCACAUACAACAUUAUGGAGACGUAAUCAACAAGGCGAUUCAGUAUGCAACGCAUGUGGACUUUAUUACAAAUUACAUCAUAUAAAUCGACCAUUAUCUAUGAAAAAAGAAGUGAUUCAAACAAGAAAUCGAAAAUUAACUCAAGCUAAAAAAAGGAAAGAUUUAGAACAUUUCACUAAAUUAUUUACAUCCAAUAAUACAAAAUAUAUUACAAAAGAAUUACAAGCAAAUAGUACAAAUUCAAAAAUGACACAAUGGUUUAAAAUCAAUCAAAUGGAAUCAACAAUACCGAAACGAACACUUUCUAAUGUAUUUCAUAAAGAAAAUUUACUACUGAAUGGUAAUAAAAAUAAUAAUAAACCAUCUUAUAGACAUUUGAACUAUCCAAUUACAAAUUUUUAUUCAUGUUCAAAAUUCUAUCAAAAAAAUAAAUUAGAUAAAAAUUAUUAUACUUAUUUAACUGAUUCUACAAAUGAACACAUUGAAAAUAAUCAUCAACAAUUGAAUGCUGCAGCAGUAGCAGCCGCUGCAAUUGCAGCCAGUUAUAUUAAUGUUUCAACUUAUUCAACAAAUUCAAAUUCAAUAUUAUCAAAGAAUUCAACAGAAUCUACAUCAUCACUAUCUUUAACAACAACUGUUUCAUCACCAUCAUCAUUAUCACUAAACAGUUCUUAUGUAUUUAAUACGAAAACAACAGACAAAGUAAUAAGAGAACAAAUAAAAAUCCCUAUAAAUUCAGUAGUUUUACAAUCAUCUAAAUCUAAUGAAAAUGAAAUGAUCAGUCAUAAUUCACAAUCUAAUUUUAAUCUUAAUAUAAAUUCGUUUGAAAAUAACACUUCAUUAAUUUCAACUCCAUGGAAUUCUUUUAUAUCUAAAACCAUCUAA